AUUAGAGCUGAUAAUAGAUCGAAUUGGAAGGCGAACUGAAUGUGGGGUUGUUUUCGCGUGUCCACCAGGUACAUCUCGCCGAACCACAUCCACAGAAGGCUCUCGGCGGGCGGUACCAGACACCAGUCAUGUGCUCCCUUCCAGAAGCCGACAGCAGCCCUGUGAUCACUGCGGGUCUGCCGUGACACUCCAGCGGCUCCGGGCUCCUUACCUCCACACUGAUAACCUCCCGGGGCUGGGCUCGGACCACAAGCCGCUGCCUGGGCUGAGGCUGAGCGUUAACUGAUUUCUGCAAGGUGACUGGAAGGGUGCCAGGUUCCCGCCGGAGCGAGUUUACAUGAUAAAAUGAAGAAGACACUUUCGGGAAGCCGGCUGCACCUUUCAAAUUGUGAGUGGAUUCCGGACACGGGAGACAUGACAGCGCUGAAAAUCUCCGAGGUCGAGAUGACCAGCUAUUACCAGCUUAACGAAGCUUGCUUACGGCUGAAAUCCACGGUCAAAAGUGAACUUGCACCAGAGAUUCUCAACCCUGUCAGUACGAAAAGCAUCCGUGAACAUCUGAAGAAACAGUUUGUUUACCUCACAGGCGGACGAAGUAAAAGUGACGCGGUGAUCCUCACCUUUCCUGAAUGUGCCGGCUUCUGUGCAGUUUCAGAUGAGGUUGUAGAGCGGGUCCUCAUGUACCUGACCACCAUUUCAAGUCUACACAAAGCUGAGGUGAAGUUCACCGUUGUCUUGGACAGGAGACUGGAUUCGUGGGCCUCUGUCAAAGCCACACUUGGGAGAGUAGCUGCCUGCUGUCCAGGGAACCUGCAGCUCGUCCUGGUGCUGCGUCCAUCCGGCUUUCUACAGCGUGCCAUCUCGGACAUCAGCUUCCGCCUUAGCCAGGACGAAUUCAUCCUAAAACUGCCGGUUGUUAUGUUGAACUCGGUUACAGAGCUUCUGAACUACAUCGAAGAGAGUCAGCUGACGCGUGAGUUUGGCGGCACCCUUGACUACUGUCACCAUGAGUGGAUCCUGUUCCGCACGGCAAUCGAGAGCUUUGCUGUGAUGGUCAAGGACAUUGCCCAGAUGUUGCAAGCUUUCGGCACUGACUUGGCUGAGGCUGAGUUGCCCGGUGACCUGCCCUCAGUGGAGGCUCUGCUAACCACCCGGACAGAGAAGUACCGCCAGUUGAAGAAUGACGUACGGAAGGUGAUCAAAGAGGGGGAGCUGCUGCUGACCAACUUGACGGAACCCAUUGGUAGCAGCCAGUCCAGUGCGGAGAAAGAUGGCGAUCAGGCCACAGUGAAGAGACUCUUAGCCCAGCUGCACGACAUGGAAACAGCCUUUGAUGGAUUCUGGGAAAAACAUCUCCUGAAGCUUGAACAGUGCCUGCAGGUCUGGAGAUUUGAACAAAAUUUCCAAGAGGUAAAGAUGGCCUUGGACUAUUUGUCAUCCGAGGAAGGAGACAUCCCCGAAACUGGGGCCAGUGUUGCUGAAUCAGAACAAGCUCUUCGUGAACUAACCAGCUUGGAAGAGAAAUCUCAGAAAUUGAUCGGAAAUGCUCAGGCUCUGAUCUUGCAGGGUGAUCGGUUGAUAUCUGAUCACCAUUAUGCAGAGGAUUUAAUCUGUGAGAGAUGCAGUGAACUCCGGCACCACUGCAAAGACUUGCUGGAUGACAUGAGAAACAAGUACAUCUCUCUGAACAAAUCACUGGAAUUGCACAUCAGAUUACAGCAGGUUCUGCAGUGGUGUGAUGAAGGGGCUUACCUCCUUGCCUCACAGCCCGUGGACAAAUGUCAGUCACAGCAAGGCGCAAAACAAGCUCUGCAAGAAAUUGAUAAGUUUCUGGAAAACUCUAGAACUUACCUGCAAUAUGACACCGAAGACCUGUUCAAUGAGUUUGGAGACAUUCUUACAACACCCAUUAAGGCCCAGGUGCAGGUGGUUCACGAGAAGCUUGACAACGUGUAUGCAAUGUUUGAGCAACGCCAGGCAUCCCUGAAGAAACUGGCAGUCAGGCACGUCCGACCAGUCCAGCCCGUGGCCCCCCGCCCUGAUGCGGUGAAAAGCCCGCUGUUUUCCUCAAAGCAAGGAAUGGAUUCCAGUUCCAGUUUGAGAUUCCCAUUUGACUUAUCGUUGUAUGGGAAAAAGAGUUCCAGAAAACCACAGAGCACUAGGAAGAUUGAGGUCAUGCAUGAAGUCAGCCAAACAAGAAAUCCUCUGCACUCCAUAAACCACGAAAGUGAAGGCAGCUUGGCAAUCCUGAAGGGACACGUCAUAAAUGAGCUAAUAGACACAGAGCGACUCUACGUGGAGGAGUUGAACAGUGUUCUACAGGGUUAUCAAGCAGAGAUGGACAACCCUGUCAUGAUAGCUCUCAUGCCUUCCAUCCUGGAGAACAAAAAGGACGUGUUGUUUGGCAACAUGUCACAGAUCUAUGACUUUCACAGCAGAAUUUUUCUCAAUGAUCUUCAAAACUGCAUCACGAUGCCAGAGAAAGUUGGAUUCUGCUUCCUAGAAAGGAGAGAGAACUUCCAGAUGUAUGUGAAGUAUUGCCAGAACAAGCCGCGCUCGGAGGAUCUUUGGAGACGGUGCUCAGACUGCCCAUUUUUCCAGGAAUGUCAACGUAAGCUGGGUCACAAACUCGGGCUGGACUCGUACUUACUGAAGCCCAUCCAGCGACUCACCAAGUACCAGUUGUUACUGAAGGAGUUGUUGAAGUUCAGUAGCAACUGUGACGGAUCCCAGGAGUUAGACGAGGCUCUGGCAGCCAUGCUGAACUUAUUGAAAUCCGUCAAUGAUUCCAUGCACCAGAUCGCUAUCACGGGAUAUAAUGGAAACCUGCAGGAGUUUGGGCCAGUGCUGAUGCAGGGAUCCUUCAACGUCUGGAUAAAUCACAAAAAGGGGCCGACCAAGAUGAAGGACCUUGCACGCUUCAAGCCCAUGCAGCGUCACCUCUUCCUCCACGAGACCGCACUUGUGUUCUGUAAGAAGCGAGAGGAACACGGCGAGGGCUAUGACAAAGCACCCUCCUACAGCUUCAAGCAUUACCUAAAGAUGAAUGCUGUUGGCAUCACUGAGAACGUGAAAGGGGACAGCAGGAAGUUUGAAGUUUGGUAUAGUGGGAGAGAGGAGGUGUAUCUCAUCCAGGCUCCCACUGUCGACGUUAAGAUGGCCUGGUUGAGCGAAAUGAGGCGAGUGUUGACAAGCCAACAGCAGCUCCUCCGAGAAGACAGGCAUUCUCCUCAGCACCAAGCCGAUCAGAUCCCAUUAUCCCCAGGGAAACAAAAGAGAGCCUCUGUGAGUUCAGAGGAGAACGAUGGCGAUUUCACAAGACCCGUGGUUUUGGACACCUUCCCUCUGUCUCCGCAGCACCACUUGGCACGGACAGAUUGGCCUGGAAUAUCCCGUUUUUAUGAAGGAUCGGAGGGAAACGAGGGUUGGUCGAGCAACAACGACACAGAGGAGGAGGAUGCAAGCCAGCUGUCCCCUGGAAGGUACAAGGCUCACACUGAUGGGCAAGGUCAAGAUGCUGAGGAACUAUUGAUCAAAAGUGGAGAUGUGGUCCAACUGAUGCAUGAAAAUGGCGAGGGGCAGUGGUUUGUGAAAAACCUAAACCGUGGGCAGCAAGCUUGGAUUUCCGUCAACAGUUUACAGAUUAUCGUUGGUGAUUGUAGAUCCCAAACCAACAGCCCAUCAGGUUUGGACUUCCAUAAGUUCAGGAAAGUUAGUUCUUCUCUCUGACCUGAACGCUCCAGGAUCUCUGGUCCUGAUCUUCUGGGUACAGUUCAGAUCUCAUCCUUCUCUGUCUCCACAUCUCCAUUUUCUUUUGGAGGAGCAUCACAAGCUGAAUGUUUGCCCACCUCUGCUACAUGCCUCUCUCACCCAUGAGGACCAACAUUAUCCACCUCAUGAUACACGUGCAAGGUGGCUCCAUUUCUCAGAGCAAUCGUGUAAAUAAACUCCAAGGGUCCUGGUGGUGAGAAUUUGGAUAUAACGGCAGAAAACAUACCUCUCGCAACGUGGAAUCAAAGACAUGUUUGUGCAAGGAUCUGCUCCCAACUUGUGACUGAGUUCUUGGGUUCUCAGGUUGAAGGGUUUGGACAUAUAGAGGCAAUUCCUCUUCUUAUGAUUGCUGAGUAUUCUGUGAGUGGAUGCCAGAUCAUCUUGAGGAAAUAAUGUUUACAUUCUCCAUGAUAUUAAUGUUGCUCUAUCACAGAAAGAAUUUUUCAUACACUGUUUUCAUUGAUAUGUUGAUACUGUUGACAAUCAUAGCUGAUAUUUAUAUGUAAUUAUAUCUGUCACGCUUCUUAUGGAAGUUUUUAGUAUGUUGGUAUGUUUUCAUACUUGAUUUGCGACCACAGGGAACUGCCGAGGGUCGUUGUGCCCUUCUCCCCAGUCACAUCUUACCGUUCCAAUUGGCAGAUGACAAUGUUGAAGUUGUGUUCUGUUGACAAGCUCAAGGACACAGAAGCUCUUUUCAGAGUGUGCGUCCAUUCGUUGUCAGAUAAUCCACUGGAGUCAUAGAACACUGCAGCAGAGGAACAGGCCAUUCAGCCCAUCUAGUCCAUGCCAAACUGUUAUUCUGCCUACUUCCACCGACACACAACCGGACCAUUGCCCUCUACACCCUCCCCAUUCAUGUAUCCACCCAAAAUUCUCUUAAAUGUUGAAAUCGAACCCACACUUCUGCUGGCAGCUUGUUCCACACUCGCACCAGUGAAGAAGAUCCCCCUUGUAUUCCCCCUAAACAUUUCACUUUUCACCCUUAACCUAUAACCUGUAGUUUUAGUCUCUCUAGUCAGUGGAAAAAGCCAGUUUACUCUAUCUAUACCCCUCAUAAUUUUGUAUAUCUCUUAUCAACUCCUACGCUCGAGGGAAUAAAGUCCAACCUAUUCAAUCUUUCCCUGUAUCUCAGGUCCUCAAGUCCCAGCAACAUCCUUGUAAAUUUUCUCUGUACUCUUUCAAUCUCAUUUACAUCUUUCCUGUAGGAAAAUUAUUCCAUUACGUUCAAAGGUUGCAAAUCGUGUAGUAAUUCACUACAUUUGAAAUAAGUAAAUUAUUUGUAGAAAUCCUCCAAACAGAUCCUCACCAAUGUCAUAUACAACUUCAACAUUCUAUCCCAACUCUUUCAGAGAUCACCAUCCAAUCAGAUUCAGAGCUCACAGGAAGUGGGUGAGAUGUUGGGACCAACCCUCUCCAAGGUUAAUUGUAUUGUGUUUGUUCAUGAGCUGAAUCUGCAUUUUUGUCACCUUUCACAUCAUAAUUCCAGGGAACCUGGAGCAGGAAUUUGUUCCAAGCUGUGUAGCUACGUGCUAACCUGUGUGACGUCAGAGUAUUCUCCUUUUAUCCUGCUUCCAUGAACCCUAGUAAAAUACAGAGCAUACAUGUGUGUUCAGUGAAAAAGGAGGUAAAUCUCCUGUCUCUGCUCUCAUUCUCUCUCGAUCUCUCUCCCCUCUCGUUCCUUCUUGUCGUGCUUCCUCUUCUUCCCCUCUUCCUCUUCAUUCUCUCUUUUCCCCUUCCCUUCUUUUUCUCUCUCCCCACCUUUCUUCCCUUCAUUUUCUCUCUUUCUUUCCUCUCUCCCACUUCCACUCUCAUCACUCCUCUUCCCUCUCCCUAUACCCUACCCUCUCCCCCUUCUCUUUAUUUGCCUUUCAGCCCCCCACUUCGCUCUCUCUGUCCUUGUCUCUUUCACUCUCUUUCUCCCUAUCACUCUCUCUCGCCUCCUCUCUUUCUCUCUCUCCCCGCUCACCAACCUCUGUGUGAAAAGAUUUCCCCUCAGGUCCCUUUAGAAUCUUUCCCCUUUCAUCCUAAAUCUAUACUUCUUAGCUUUGGAUUUCCCUACCCUGGAGAAAAGGCUGGUACUAUCCUCCUUAUCUGUUAUCAAGUUCAACCCUUAUCCUUCUGUACUCCAAGGAAUUAGGACCUAGCUUGGCAACCUCUCAAAAAUCCCUCGCAGCAUCCUCGUAAAUUUCUGCACUCUUUCUAGUUUAGGCACGCCUUCCCUAUAACAGGAGCAAACCCUUACACAGUCUGGCCUCACCGACAACCUAUAUAUGCAACUUGUAUACCAUGCCUUAUGGCUCCUUAUGUGGGAAGGCUGGUCACAUAUGCUUCAUUCCUCGUGGUCCUGCUGUGAGUCAUUUAGAGGGAGGUUAAGAGUCAUUUAGUAAAGAACCUGGAUCACCUAUAGCCCAAACUGAGCAGGUUUCCAUCUCUAAAUGACGUUGUUGAACUGAUUGGCUUUCUAUAACAGUCUAGCAGCUUUACAACAACCUGGCCAAGUCCAGCAUCUCUUUCCCUGACAUUUUCAAGUGAAUUCCAAUUCUCAGAGUUCUAACUUACAUCCUGCUCGCAGAAUAAUUAGUCCAGAUCUCUGGAUAACUGGGACUGUAACGUUACUGGACCAUGAGUAGGUUCCUCUUUUAAAAUGAAAUCAAAUUCUCUGGAUUAAUGUGACAUAGUUGCUGGGUUUCCAUCACCAAAGCUGAGUGAAAGGGAAGUUUGCUCGCUGGAUUUGAGGCCUCCAUCCCAGAUCUCCUGGCUAGCUCCAGAUGCCAAUCAUACUCAAUGUCUUGCCAUUUUGGGGUGAUGCAGUCCAUCCUGCACAGAUCAGCCUGUAGAUACUGCAAUAUCCCAGCACCGGACCAGCAUUGGUGAACACAACAUUAGAAAGACCCUCUCUCCACCUUCACAAGUUCAAGAACAAAGAAGAAGCCUUCACUGAUUAUGCGUCCUUGAGCUGGAAUCUUGAUACUGUGGACCUGCUCCCCGUCUCCGUUCCCCUCUGCAUGUGACGCUGACGGUUGUACCUUAAUCAGGGGCUUGGUUUCAACAGUGACUGCAGGUUUGUAGAAAGUGAAUUCAUUGUGAUUUUAAAUGAGUAGGAUUUGAAGAUCCUAUAGUCGAUCUGUCUGAUACUUCAGUUGCAAAUGAGCAGAGGGGGUGCUCUGUGCUUGUUGAGAACAUGGUUGGACUGAGGAAUCCGUUCCUUCUCCUCUGUCCUUGAGCUCAAGACAUGUUCCAGCUGUAACCGGUGGAUGGUAUGAGAGUGACAUGGUUUUCCAUGCCACAGCUGUGUCCCCAUAUCAGGUUGGUCUGGGGUUCAAACAUCUCCAAUGCAUGAUGGAACUUGCUACAACAAUGUACGACGCACGAAGUCCAAUUCUUGCAUACCAAUUUUAAAUCCAUUGCCUUUGUCACUUAGAGCACAUACAGGUGACUAUAGCACCUUCACUGAACAGGCAACAUCUGUACAUAGUAAUAAAUAAAACUCAAAGAAUUU